CAAAUCAAAUCCCAUACAUAUCUUCAGUGUCCCUGCCUGCCUUCACGCAGCACGGACCAUACUUAUGCCAUCCUUUACCCCUUCUUCAGCGCCACCCCUGCUGCCCCCGCCACUGCCACCGCCGACAAAAACCCGAAUGGGCUCAACCCAAAACCCACAACCCGUGAGAUGGGAAUUCACGGAGGCGAUCUACGGAUUCGGGCAGUUCCAGGGCCACGGCUUCAUCCUCGUCCUCGCAUUCUUCUUCCUCGUCUUCCUUCUCACCCUUCUCUUCCUCUACCUCCACUGGGUCUGCCGCUCCCGCACCCACCUCCCCGUCACUGCCGCCGCCGUCGUCUUCCCCUCCGAAGCCCGCUCCUCUGCCGCCCUUCCUGCAGCCCCCUCCCUGGGGCUGGACGCGGCCUCCAUCGGGCGGCUGCCGGUACUGGUGCACUGCUCGGCCAAAGGCUGUGGCGGCGGAGGAGGGUCGACGGAGUGCUGCAUAUGCCUGAGCGUGUUCCAGGAGGAAGAGAAGGUGAAGGUGUUGCCCGGUUGCCACCACGCCUUCCACGUCAACUGCGUCGACAAGUGGCUCUCCUCCCAUUCCAGUUGCCCUCUUUGUCGAGCUCCCAUCUCUCCCCUACACCACGCCUUAGAAAUCGAUUGAUUUAUUCAUUCAUACCCACCAUAUGUUCGACGAAAUGUCUCAGUGUCCUCUUCCCCCACACACUCCUUGAAUUCACGUGUUUGAAUUCACGUGUGUGUGCGCGUAUAAGAAGAAGAAGAAGAAGAAGAAACACACUUUGUCAAGCUACAAAAAUGCAAAAUCUAAUUUCAUUCUCAUCUAGUAGCCUGCUAGUUCUUUAAUGGGGAUUGGAGCUAGUUUGGUUAAUUCAACACAUAGAUAGGAUGAAGAGAAAUACUCUUAAAUCUCGUUUUCUCAAAAGAGUAAAAUUUCAACCUCUUUACAUGACAGGGUGAGACUAGAAGUUAAUCUCUUGUUUAAUUUGGAUUUAUCCUUAAGAAAAAAAUAUUGAGUAUUAAUCACGUACCGCAUUAUUUUCCUAUCUUGUAAGUUGUAACAUCUAAUCAAUAAUAAUAUCCAAUAGUUGACGAUGAC